AUGGAUGGCGACGGCCAGAACUUCAGGAAUCAUGACCAACCCAUUUACCCAUCGAGAUUUGGAAUGGGCCGGCGCGCAGUUUCCAGACAGUCUAAUGGUGGUGCUACGGAUCGUUUCAGACAGACUGGUGCUCUACCCUCAGCACGUGGUGAUGCUACCAUGCUGUCGCAAGCAACGGGGAGCGUUCAGAUGCCAUCUUCGUACGUGGACUAUGGAUACACAGACACGUCUUUCCCGGGGGGCAACCAGCUGCAACCAUAUCCUCAAGAACAGAACUCGCAACCGCAGCAGCAACGACAACAGCAACAACCGACAUUCAGCGACUACGAGCAAGAGGUAAUCUAUAGCAUACAGCAACAGGGUCCACCACACGACUCUUUCUCGUUCGUUCCACAGUAUCCCGUACGGCAGCCCGCCGCAACAAUCGAAGCGUUAUCAAGCCAAUUUGCUGUUCCACAGUAUUUUCCGGCUGGGGAACCGACGGAAACCGGUGUUGGAGGUUUGGUUUCGCCUUACUUGAAUACACAUUUCCCUCCUGCUACUUAUCCUCCACCAGAUCCCGUUGGAAACCCGAGCGCAUCGGCGCAGCCCUUUCCCACAACUAUGGCGGACUUAACGAAUCCUUUGAGGACAGCAGCAGGGCAGCAGCAGCAACCACCACCACCACUACCACAAGCACAGGCGCAGCCACAGCAAUCAGCUGCGAAUCCAGCGACAACGACAUCACAUUUGGAGGACGCUUAUUCACAGUACCAGCGAGCCAUACGAGCCACGCUGGACUACAGUCGCGAGGGAAGACUGGUAAAAGCCGGUCAAUCAAUUUUGGAAAUCUCCGAGUGGAUUUUAACUAAUGCGGAACAGCUCGGAAUCUUCCGUGACGAUGUUCAAAUAUACCCGUAUCAAAUGCACCUCUGGAACAACUUCAACAUCUGCUGGUUAUCUGUCUGCCAGAUGCAAAAGGACUUGACUCAGGAGAUUAUACAGAGCGGUCAACAGCGGCCCCAUGUCAGUCUCAUUAGUGCGGAGUAUCUGGACCAUAUGGGGAAGCAAUUGAUCCGCCUCUGUGACCAAGUGGAGGAGCAUGGGCUAGUGGAUUACCAGAUUGGGUUUUGGGAGGAGGAAAUCCUCAGUGCUUUGUCCCAAUGCCUCGAUUUGAUGGAAAGCAGACCGGAGAUUUGGCACACUCGUCCGAUGGCAACUCCUGCGACAGCGGCAUCGCGAUCGUGAUAUUUCUCUUAGUUUUUACGGCGAAGUACUCUUGUCUUCCUCGGUAGCCAAUCAGCCUGCGACCAAAGCCGAACGGGGCUGGAAACUGCCGCUGCAAUAUCACAUGCUUACCGGAGCCCUUGUCGAUCAGCUGUAAUACGAUUAUGAUGAUGAUGAUGACCGAGAAAUAGAAUGAUCUCAGCUCCGUGGCAACCCUAGCCAACAUAUCAUCUCAUCGUCAAUACCAAGAGACGAGAAAGUCUUAGGGCUGUUGCCUUGAU